AUGGAACACAAUCGAUCAAACAGUCGGCAACUUGCCGUACCACAAGCUUCCACCUCGGCAACACAGCUGCGCCAUCGACCGUCCUUCCGUGAUCGCUUCUGGACAAGGACCAGCGCAAACUACGACGGCGAGGACGAUGUCAUCUCCAAGAGUCAGCCCAGUCCCGUCAAGAAGAGCGCCUACGUUCCCACGAAUGCGGCCUCUGGCUUCGCGAGAACAGCAUCAUCGCCACGCGAGCAGUCCAGACGGAAACAGUCCCGGCAAGAAGAGCCGUCGUCAUCUAGCAAGGACACCGGCAUCAACGUUUCCGUUCGAUCACCACUUGGCGAUCUCGCAGCAGGCCACCUGUACGUCCCCACCGAGUCCGAUCUCGAACCUGCAUCUCCGACUGGGCGGGAUACUACCACCGACUACGCCACCUUUAUCGCCGCCGCGCAGAACGAAGAGCGCGUGCGCCAUGCGGCGUCUCAGAGGCAGGGAGGAGCGGCGGUGGCGGCGGUGCGCAACAGCAGCCAGUACCGUGACAGCGGGUACUAUUCGUCGUCCAACGGCGGAGGAGGAGGAGGAGGGCGGCCUUAUUCGCCGUCUCUGCCGUCGUCGGCUGGGGCGAAGGGGCAGCAGCUGUCGGGGAGGUCGUUUGGGCAGCGCAUUGCGGAGUAUAUCAAGCCGCCGAGGGAUGAAGCUGUGGCGGCGGUGCGGCGGUGA